UGCUCUCUUUUAUUGGGUCGUCUUCUUCACUGCUCGUCUCCCCCUCUCUCCAAACCCUAGUAAGCUAUUUGUUUCUGAAGAGUGAAAAUGGUGGAGAAGACGAAAGCUAGAAAAGAGGAGGUUGUUACCAGAGAGUACACAAUCAAUUUACAUAAGCGUCUUCAUGGCUGCACAUUCAAGAAGAAGGCACCUAAUGCCAUCAAGGAGAUCAGGAAAUUUGCACAGAAAGCUAUGGGGACGACAGAUGUGAGAGUUGACGUGAAGCUGAACAAGCACAUAUGGAGCAGAGGAAUCCGAAGUGUCCCAAGACGUGUUAGAGUUCGCAUUGCUCGCAAGAGGAAUGAUGAUGAGGAUGCAGAGGAGGAGCUUUAUUCUCUUGUUACUGUUUCUGAAAUCCCACCGGAAGGGUUGAAAGGGCUAGGUACUAAGGUCAUCGACGAUGAGGAUUAGUUUGUACUGUUGGAAAACUUGAAAACUUGACAUUCUUGUUAUCUUUUAAGUUUCUUAGCUUAUGAGUUUGUCUAAAUGUUUUGUUGCUUUUUCUUUAGACAUGGUAACUUUAUUGAGAGGCUUUUACAGUAACUUGAAUGUGUUGAUUAAUGUUA